AUGUCACAAGCUUGGCUUAAUGAAGAAGAGAGCAAUGUCCAUCAACCAGGAGAUUGCCAGGCCGAGGGAAAUGGAGUGUCCUACCGAGGAACAGUCUCCGUGACCGAAACAGGCAGGACGUGUCAGCGCUGGGACAGUCAGUUUCCUCAUCCACACGACAGGACACCUGAAAAUUACCCAUUAUCCGGACUGGAGGGGAACUACUGCCGGAAUCCUGACGGCUCACGCAGAGUCUGGUGCUAUACCAGGGAUGAUCUCUUCAUGAGAUGGGAUUAUUGUGACGUCCCAAUCUGUGAAGCCGUUCACGUGGAAAACAGAUGCCCAGACGGCUACAAACUACUCGUCGGGACCUGCAUCCGACUCUUUAUAGACGGAAUGUCGCAUCAUAUGGCUACCCAGGCGUGCGAGUCGGAAAGAGCGACGCUAGCCAUGCCCAAGACGGGAGCAUUUGACGGCGCCUUGAGAGAUCUGGUGAUGCAUGAAGGAGGAAACAACAACUACUGGAUCGGUUUGUGGGAAGGAGAGACGGACACGGGCUGGCAGUGGGUGGACGGGACUCCCUUACAGACCAAUGAUUACACGGGCUGGAACCCAGGAGAGCCCAGUAACUAUGGUUUUGUGUGGGGUAAUUGUGUGCAGUACUGGUCAGGAUCGAUAGGUUACCCCAUGUGGGAUGACACUGACUGCUUCGUCUUCAAACGUUUUAUCUGCCAAGCACCCGCUCUGAGAUAA